AUGUUACGUCCCUUGUUGUUAUCCCGACCUUUUCUUCACGCGCCAACAGGGGUCACCGGGGUUCUCACGCCCCAGCGGCGUGGGGUGCGCUACACCAACAUCCAAGAAACCCUCAAACCCAUCCCAGGGCAAACCGCCGGACAGAUCUCGAUCCUGAACGAGAUUUGUUGUAAUCCCGACGCCGAGGAGGAGCGCCGAAAGCCGGUUUUCCGAAUGGCGGUGAUGCCGCGGCCGUCUUCCACCGGGGACGAGGCCAACUAUCUGCGGGAAAUGCAUCGCUGGGGCUACGACUCCCUGACGCUUUUUAAAAAGACAAACGAGGACCCUGGGCUGUGGUGGAACGCGAACAGCAGCACGUUGGUUUCGAAUUGGUCCCAGGUGGGCGACUACGCGAAUGCGGGGAUGUGGUCGGGGGUAUGGCGGUAUACCUAUGGGAUCGGGGAGUACAACCUGCGCCCACACGAGCUCCGCGGCCGGGCGUGGGGGAGACGCGAUCCCGAAAGCGGCGCGAUCGCCAUCCAAUACGGCGACCUCGCGAGCCUCCUCCAGCGGCUUGUGUUUCCGCACACCAAAGAGCACGAAAUGCAUCGCCGAAUCCAAAAUCCUCCGAACAAAGGCUACACGGAGAUCACUGCGCUGCACGGAAAACGCGUCCUACGCGAGGUGCAGUACCACCUCGGCAACGGCCUGCGGUUUUACUUGGUAGAUGGCGUCUUCGGCAGCGACCUCGAGAGCUGCACCCCCUAUCGUAUCAUCACGGAUAACCCUACCCACGCCUACUUCGCCGCCUUGGCGGCCCUGCGCAAGUUUAAUUACGUUUCUCGUCAGGAAAUCACCCUGGUCAAGCGGCUCUCGCAAUCCCCGAUCGAUGAGUGGGGUUGGAGGCGGCCUGGCGUACUGGUCUAUCAUGCCCCCGCCUACGACUUUGAGGCGCCGCGCAUUGUCGAGGAGUUCGGCGGGCCCCGGCCGAAGGAUAUGGGUUUACACACCAAUCGCUUCAUUGCGUUGGAGCCCUAUAGUAUCCCGAUGAAGGCAGUGAUCGGCGGGGAGCCGAGCUGCGAUGUGCUGCUCGAUACCGUCGCCUUUCUCUGCGCGCGUUGGGGGUUUUACGCAGACGACAAAGGCCUCCUGACGGUCCCCUCCGAGUCCGUGCGCUCCCCUGAUGAUGGACACCUGACAUUGGUCAUCGCACCCGAGAAAGAGGCCGAUCUCCUGCGCACCUCUUUGUAUCUCUACGGUAGCCGCCAUCACCGGAUCGGCAAGGGUGUGGUCUCACGCACGUCGGAUGUGGUUUCAUCGCCGCUCGAAGGGGCCCGGGAUAUUCAGCCCACCGACCUCAUCGAGGUGGAUCUUGGUCGCGUUCAGCGAGGCCUGCCGACGCGGAUGGGGCUCCCGCAAUCCCUUUCUCACCGCCUCCGGGGCAGGCGGCAUGUCUCCGAAUACGGCUUUAAAUAUCCACACAACUACACCGAGGACGUGGCAACUAAGGCAUACGCCGCCGGGAAUCUUUUCAACCCCCCUGCCAGCAAUAUGCUAGAGAGUUAUAAGGUGCGACCAAGCCGAUUUCCAAUUGAAGAUGUGGAUGUGGUGGUGGUUGGCGAAGGCAACGAUCCUUCGGAAGUGAUCUUGAAUGAACUAAAAGAGAGAGCUGCCUUGUAUGCCGAGGAGGCGCCUCUGAAGGCCGCUUUAGACGAUGCGUUCAAAAAAGCUCGAAGCGUCAGGAUCGUGACGCCGAGCGAGGCCAAGGAUCUCCUAGUGACACUUUCAAACAAAGGACAACUAUGA